AUGUCUGUGUAUUCCUCAAGAAGCAGUUUGAGUAUGUCAGCCUGGUCCCGAGAUAGUCACGACGGUCGCGAAGAGGAGUCUAGAGAACUCCGUAGCCUCAACUCCACGGCUCUUUCGCAAUACAGUCAGCACACCAUGUACAGCCACCCGGUGCCUGGUUCUAUAACCUCGUCCGACCCACAUCAGGACCAACUGAAACGUUCCGAUAGAGAGUACGUCUUCGUCCAAAGACCUUUUGUGACGCCGCUACCUUUGGUGAACAGUUGGUUGCGGAAUAACUUUUUUGGCAGCCACCACCGAGCAAGUAACCGUGCAAGCCUUGGUAGUGAUCCAGGGAUCUCGAUGAUUGAUCAGGUAACAUGGAUCACGCGGGGUACAUCCAUCACUACCCCGCGUGAUCCAUGUUACCUGAUCAACAAUCAGAAAACAGAGGUAGUAUUGUGUGGCAUCCCAGGAGAUUCCACACAAGACUAUCCUAUGCUCGAAAUGGUCCGCUACCGAACACGCGGCUCGAUGAUUGAACUUCACCGGAAACCUCAGUGGACGUUUUCGACCGCUCGUAUGCGCUCGGCGGAGAUGUGUAGAUACAUGUCUCUGCCGAAUAUAUCCGCGGAGUUUGGACUGAAGAAUAGGAUUGCAUUCAAUGUUCAAGUCUUGGAGAGUUUGACGAGCAUGACGUCACAUCUUCAUCAUCAUCAGGACUCUUCUAUCGAGGAGAAAGAUGACAGCUUUGUGGAUAAUUUCGACAGUAUCAGCGUGGUGUUGCAGAAAGUUGAGAAGAGAGAUCAGGCAUUACGCGAUGCGGCGAGAGGUACGAGUAUUUUACACACUGUCAUCGUUUGUCUUUUUCAGGUAGUUCAGAUACAAACCACGACAGCUUAUUGUAGAAUACUACCUACACUGGACCACCAUGUUUGAGAUAUCUUUUUCAGGUAGUUCAGACACAAACCACGACAGCUUAUUGUAGAAUACUACCGCUACACUGGACCACCACGUUUGAGAUAUCUUUUUCAGGUAGUUCAGACACAAACUACGACAGCUUAUUGUAGAAUACUACCUACGCUGGACCACCACGUUUGAGAUAUCUUUUUCAGGGUAGUUCAGACACAAACCACGACCACCAUGUUUGAGAUAUCUUUUUCAGGUAGUUCAGACACAAACCACGACAGCUUAUUGUAGAAUACUACCUACACUGGACCACCACGUUUGAAUUUUUAGUUUCAGUCCAGUGCGAAGGACUGACAUAACGUACUUAUUUGUGUUUAUUAUUUUUAUGUUUUGUUACAAUCAGUUUUACUCAUUUUUACAGCAAAAAUGGAAGAGAACAGAACUCGUCGAGCGAGAAGACUUAGGUUGUUCAGAGAGCAGGAAGAAACGGAAGCAACAAGACCAGUACCGCCACAGGUAUAAUAGUUUUCAUCGAAUAACGGUCAUUGAAUACCUCUCAUAGACAUAUUUGGAUAGCUCGCAUGCCUUAAUACACUACGCUCAAUUUUGGUACCAUACCACUUUUUUGGUUCUUGGACUACCUAAAUAGGUAGUCCAAGAACCAAAAAAUUGGUACGGGUACCAAUUUUAUCCGUGCCGUACCAAAAAUUGAGCGUAGUGUAAACGGGGCUUUAGUUACCACUGUUCUGAUAAUGUAAGCAUAGAAUGAAACAAAUCUAGCCCAUAAUUGCCUUAGCCAGUUAGCCUGUUUACAGACUAUAUUACAGCAUAAUGGUCUGUACACAGGCCAAGCAUUGCAAAGCGAUUUAAAUUAUAUGUGUGUGAAUUGUGUGGCAACAGUGUUUUGAUCUGUCUACAUUUCUUUUAUCAAUUUUUUAGGUCACUCGUUCAAGCUUUAUUGAUAUUUUGAAGAAAGAAACAUACGAGCAAGUGUUUGUUCCUUUGCUUUUCCAUGUUGGCAAAGAGAUUGUGGCCCACAUGGCAGUCUUCAUCUGA